GUACUCUGGAUAUUAAACGAAAGGCGACAAAAAACUCUUCCUGAAAAUUAUUUAUAACAUUAUAUUUUUCUUUUUGUGUUGACGUAAAGAUCAAGUUACUGUUAUCAGUAUUAUACGAUAAUAGUUUCAUUUCAGUAAUCAGCAGUUGAAGAUGGCAAGUGAAAAUAAUUUAGAACAGUUUGUACUAUUGGCUAAAACAGCUAAAGGAGCUGCAGCGGUUGGUUUAAUAAAUCAAGUCCUAGAAGCACCAGGAAUAUUUGUAUUUGGUGAAUUGUUGGACAUGCCAACCAUACAAGAGUUAUCCUCUGGACCACAAGAAGCUCAUUAUAAUUUACUUAAUUUAUUUGCCUAUGGAACUUACAAGGACUAUAAAGCAAAUAAAGAUAAACUACCAGAAUUAACUAAAGCCCAGCUGACAAAACUUCGUCAUUUAACUGUUGUAUCACUGGCUACAAAAACCAAGUGUAUUCCAUAUUCUGUAUUGUUGAAAGAACUUGAUAUCCAAAAUGUCAGAGCAUUAGAAGAUAUAAUAAUAGAAGUUAUUUGUGCGGAUGUAAUACAUGGUAAAUUAGAUCAGAAGAAUCAACAGUUAGAGGUAGAUUAUGCCAUCGGUCGAGAUAUAAAACAAGAAUCUAUACCCGAGGUUAUUAGUGUCUUACAAGACUGGUGUGAAGGAUGUGAAGCUGUAUUAAAGGGAAUAGAAAAACAAGUAUCUAAAGCUAACACAUGUAAAGACACCAAUAAUAAAAUAAAAGCCAACACAGAACAGGAGGUUAUAAAUCUUAAGAAGACGUUAAAAACAACCCACCAACAAGAUUUAGAAGAUCAGAUGAUCACAGACAGCCAACAAUCAACAUCUCAAGAUAAACCCAGUAAAAAACCAUCAAAAACUAAAGGAUUAAGAGGAAGCAGUGCCACAAAAUUAUGGAAGUGAAGAUAUAAGAAAUUGUUAAGUAAAGUCAAGGUUUUGUUCUAUAUGAUGAUGUUUAUGAAUAGUGCUAUACAGAAACUUUAUUAAAAAUAUAAGUGAUUAUCCCAAGAGAGAAGAAUGGCCAAACCGGCCAUAUUGUUUAACUAUUUAGUGCUUAAUUCCAAUUGCUAGUUGGUUUAUUUUUCCAAUAGGAAGGAAAAAAAUAAUCACUUAGAAUUUAGUAGAAAACAGUUUGAUAUUUGAUUGUGACCCUAUCUUCCACCAAUAAAUACAUGUAUACUUUAUAAUAUGCCUUUAUUUGAAAAUCAGUAAUAUAUUUUAAAAAAUAAAUAAGGUUAAAUGUUAACAAACUCUGGCAGAAUAUUCUAUAUGUUUCAUUAUUGUGUGAUGCAUUCCUCCCUAUGAUCAUUAUUACACAAAAAAUUUAACAAUAAGUUUCUAUUAUAGAAUAUCACUGAGAGAUGUAAAUAUUGUAAAAUGGUAUGAAAUAAAAAAUACAAAUAUUUAACUCCA